AUGUUUAUAACCGUCACCAACUCCGAGAUUCCUACUACGACAAACGUCAAAGAAAUGUCAGACGCAAACAUUACAAAAUUCAGAGUCAAGAAACAUUCACAACUGAAUGGUAAUUCCAAUUUAAUGUCCGAUGAAUUUAAAGAAGAACUUAAAUUAACAAGUUGUUUACGAUGUAGAAAAUUGAAAAAAAAAUGUAGUAAAACAAAACCGGAAUGUACAAAUUGUGAUAAAGCAGGUGAAGAAUGUCAAUAUAUUCCAAGGAAACCAAGAAUGACUAAGAAAGAAAAGAUUCAAGAGAAUUUAAUCAAUGGGAAUGGGUUUAAUAAUAAAAAUGUUAAUAAUAUUAAUAAUGGACCAAACAUACCCCGUAGUAUUUUAAAUUCAAGAUCUCCAACUAUGAGUUUUGAUACUGCAAGUCCUAGUUUACUGGAAAAUUCAACUGUUAAUCAUGUCAAUGAUCAAUUUUCACCAAAUAGAUAUUCUCAACAAAUAAACAAUUUUCCAUUAACUUAUGGAAAUAUUGAACCAUUACAUUCAGAUACAAGAUCAACAUUACUUCAACCAUCAACAACACAAGCUCUACUGUCGGUAAGAUCACAACAACAACUGCAACCACUACAGCAACAGCAGCAGCCACAAGAGCGAGUGAUCGAACAAAAGCAACAAGACCAGCAAAAUCAAGAUUAUCAUGAACGAUAUCACCAGCAACAAGACCAAGAGGUUCAGCGACAACAACAACAAUUACAGCAACAACAAAUACAUCUACAACAACAGCAAGAAAAUCAGCAGCAGCAUCAUCAGGAACAAGAAUCAAAGGAAGAUCAAAAUCAACGUCAAUCAACUUCACCUUCACAAUCGUCUUACAGCCAAGCAUUACCAACCCCUCCUCCUAUCUUAAAUUCAAUUGAUGCAAGAGCACCGAAUUUUGAAGCAUAUCCAAAACAAAUUUCAAAAGUGUUAUAUGGAGCAGUAGGUAUAAAAACAAAUUCAAAUGUAAGUAUAAUUCCACCUAUAGUUGAUCAAGUAUUAUUGACAAGAAUAACAAAUGCAUUUUUUAUGCAUACUUAUAGAAUUUGUCCAGUUAUAAAUAAAAAUGAAUUUAUGAUUAAAUUUAAUAAUUUAUUUGAUUCAAGAACUGGAGUUGCAUCAUUAGAUGAAUUUGAUGAUCAAUAUGUUUUAUAUAUGGUAUUAGCUAUUGGAUCUAUUCAUUUAGAAAGAUCAGAAAUUAUAACAAGAGAUAAAAGAAUUUCAGAAUAUUUUGUUUCAAUGGCUUUAACAAGUGUUCAUAAUAAUAUUUCAAAAAAUGAUGUAAAUAGUAUGAGAAAUUUAAUGCUUUUAGCAUUAUAUUCCUUUUUCAAUCCGGCUGAAUUUAUAUCGUGGGAAAUUGCUGGUAAAUUAGCUAGAAUGGCUAUACAAUUAGGUUUAAAUCAAGCUUUAUCUAAACAAGAAGCUGAAAAUUUGGGUUCUAGACAAACUGAAAUGAGAACUAGACUUUUUUGGUCGGUAUAUACUAUUGACAGAUUAACAUCUGUAACAUUAGGUAGACCAGUUGCAUUACAUGAUGAUGAUAUAAAUUUACCAUUACCAGAAAUAUUAGAUGACGAAGAAUUGGAUGAUAUAACUACUUACCGAUUAGUCAUUCAUUUAAGACAAAUUGAAGGUCAAAUAUUAAAAAAAGUUCAUUCAGUAAAUUUAAGUAAACAAUUUGAUAGUACAGUAAUUACAAAAGAAGAAUAUUGUGAAAAAAUUUUAACAGAAUUAAGAGAAGAAAUUGAAAAAUGGCAUGCAAAAGCAAAUGAAUUAGAAAAUACUAUACAAAAACCAAAACAAUCUUUAGCUUUUAGAGCUUCAAUUCCGUGGUUUACAGCAAGAUAUAAUCAUUUAUUAAUUUUAUUAUAUCGACCUUCAUAUUUAAAUCCUCAUCCACUGCAAAGUAUUUUAGAUACUUUGGGAAAAGCAUGUUUACAAACAUUAUCAUCAAAUUUUGUUUUAUUUAAAAAUAAACUGCUUCCGCUUAAUUGGACUACAUUAUAUCGAUUUUUAAUGGUUGGUACAACAAUUUUAUAUUGCUUAUGUCAAUGGUCAAUAGAUUUAUUGGAAUCAAAAAUUGAAAUUUCAUAUUGUAUUGAAAUUUUUCAAGCUUUUGGUAAACAAUGGAUUGUUGCAAAGAAAUGUUCUGAUAUUUUUAAAAAUAUAGAAAAUAAAUUACUUGAAAUAACGCUAACUGCUGAUGGUCAAACAUUUAUGGAUGAAAUUUCAAAGGAAUUAUUGGGUGCUUCUUCUUCAUACCAUGAAAUCUUGAAUGUGCACUCGAAUGACUUAUACAUUGAUAGCCAAUAUAUGUAUGGUUUCGAGAGUUAA